CCCUCUCUGGUUUCGGGCAGGCUGCCGCUUAAAAAGGAGCGCGGCCGAAGGACGGUGCUCCACAGAACAGCUUUCGAACGAAGGCCUGUUCUAGCGCGACCUCGUGCGUCGACGACCGAACCCUUCUUGAAUACUCCGCGCAGAACCAGAGCCUACCGCAACAAUGGGUGCCGAAGAUCCCGAUCCCACCGAAUACCUGUACGUCUCUCUCGAGCAGAAGAGGAAGGAUCAGACAAAGCCGUACGAUGGCAAGAAGAUGGUCUGGGUACCCGACGAGAAGGAGGGAUUCCUUCUCGGUAACAUCUCCUCCACCAAGGGUGACAUGGUCACCGUCGACUGCCCAGGAGGCGAGAGGGUGUUCAAGAAGGACGACCUGCAACAAGUGAACCCUCCCAAGUUCGAAAAGUGUGACGACAUGGCGUCCCUGACAUACCUCAACGAUGCCUCCGUUCUGCACAACCUCAAGGAACGAUACUACAACCAUCUGAUCUACACGUACUCUGGCCUGUUCUGCGUGGCCAUCAACCCUUACAAGCGCUUCCCCAUCUACACCGCUCGUGUCGUAGAAAUCUACAAGGGCCGCAGGCGCACAGAGGUGCCCCCCCACGUGUUCGCAGUGUCCGACGGAGCCUACAUGGACAUGCUUGCCAACCGUGAAAACCAGUCUAUGCUGAUUACAGGCGAGUCUGGUGCCGGUAAGACAGAAAACACGAAAAAAGUAAUUGCAUAUUUCGCCUUCGUCGGCGCUUCCAGCAAGAAGGAAGAAAAGAAAGACAGCAAGAAGGGUAACCUCGAAGACCAAGUCGUCCAGACCAACCCUGUACUGGAAUCCUUCGGUAACGCCAAGACCGUGCGUAACGACAACUCUUCUCGUUUCGGUAAAUUCAUCCGUAUCCACUUCGGUCCUAUGGGCAAGCUGGCUGGUGCUGACAUUGAGACCUACCUGCUCGAGAAGGCUCGUGUCAUCUCUCAACAAGCCGCCGAGCGUUCCUACCACAUCUUCUACCAGCUCAUGUCCGGCAAGAUUGACGGACUGAAGGAAAGGCUCCUCCUCGACCAAGACAUCAAUGAAUACCGAUUUGUGUCCCAGGGUAAGACUAGCAUUCCCGGCGUCGACGACGGCGACGAGUUGAUCGUCACUGAUACCGCCUUCGAUGUGCUCGGUUUCACUGAGGAGGAGAAGGACAACAUCUACAAGGUUACGGCCGCCGUCAUGCACUUCGGUUGCCUCAAGUUCAAGCAGAGGCCCCGCGAAGAACAGGCUGAAGCCGAUGGCACCGAGGAAGGUGAACGUGUCGCUCACCUGCUCGGCCUGAACGCCGCUGACCUGUACAAGAACCUGUUGAAGCCCCGCAUCAAGGUCGGCACUGAAUUCGUGACCCAGGGCAGGAACAUCACCCAGGUCAUCUCCUCCGUGGGUGCUCUGGCCAAGGCCAUCUUUGAUCGUCUCUUCAAGUGGCUGGUGAAGAGGGUAAACGAAACCCUUGACACCAAGCAGAAGAGGCAGCACUUCAUCGGUGUACUGGAUAUUGCCGGUUUCGAGAUCUUCGACUUCAAUAGCUUUGAGCAGUUGUGCAUCAACUUCACCAACGAAAAGCUGCAGCAGUUCUUCAACCACCACAUGUUUGUGCUCGAACAAGAAGAGUACAAGAGGGAAGGUAUCGAGUGGGAAUUCAUCGACUUUGGCCUCGAUCUUCAGGCCUGUAUCGAGCUUAUCGAGAAGCCCAUGGGCGUGCUCUCCAUUCUAGAAGAAGAGUCUAUGUUCCCCAAGGCCAGCGACAAGACCUUUGAGGAGAAGUUGAAGACCAACCACUUGGGCAAAUCUCCCAACUUCAUCAAGCCCAAGCCACCCAAGCCCGGACAGGCUGAGGCGCAUUUCGCCAUCGUGCACUACGCUGGCACCGUGGCCUACAAUCUUACUGCCUGGCUGGAGAAGAACAAGGACCCUCUGAACGACUGCGUCGUUGACCAGUUCAAGAAGGGCUCCAACAAGAUGUUGCAGGACAUCUUUGAGGACCACCCUGGCCUUGGUGGCGGUGAUGACGGUGGAAAGGGCGGCAAGGGCGGCCGUAAGAAGGGUUCUGGCUUCCAGACCGUGUCCGGUCUCUACAGGGAACAACUUAACAAGCUUAUGACCACCCUGAAGUCAACCCAACCGCACUUCGUGCGAUGCAUCAUUCCCAAUGAAACCAAAUCCCCAGGUGUGAUCGACUCUCACCUCGUAAUGCACCAACUCACUUGCAACGGUGUGCUUGAGGGCAUCCGUAUUUGCCGUAAGGGCUUCCCCAACAGGAUGAUCUACCCCGACUUCAAGCAGCGAUACACUAUCCUGGCGCCCAAUGCAGUCCCCAAGGGAUUCGUUGACGCCAAACACGUAGCCGAAAAGGUCAUCGAAUCCAUCCAGCUGGAUGCAAACGAUUGCAAAUUCGGCCACAGCAAGAUCUUCUUCAGGGCCGGCGUCUUGGGUCGCCUUGAAGAAAUGCGUGAUGAACGCCUGGGCAAGAUCAUGACGAUGAUCCAAGCCGCUACCCGCUGGUACAUCACCAAGAAGAACUUCCAGAAGCUCAAGGAGCAAAGGAUGGCCCUCCUCGUCAUCCAGAGGAACCUUCGCAAGUUCCUGCAGCUCCGCAACUGGCUGUGGUGGAAGCUGUACAGCAAGGUGAAGCCCCUGCUGUCCGCCGUCCGUGUCGAGGAUGAACUCCGUGCCUUGGAAGAGAAGCUCAAGAAGACCCAGGAAGCCCUUGAGAAGGAAGAGAAGAUACGCAAGGAACUGGAAGGCCAGAACGUCAAGGUCCUUCAGGAGAAGAAUGACCUCUUCCUCCAACUGGAAGCUGAACGUAUGGGUGCUGGUGACGUUGAGGAACGGCUCAACAAGGCACUGACUCAGAAGGCCGACCUGGAAGGUCAACUCGCCGACCUGAACGACAGGCUCGGUCACGAGGAAGAAGCCCACAACAGUCUUGUCCAAACGAGGAAGAAGCUCGAGGGUGACAUCUCAGGCUUGAAGAAGGACAUCGAAGACUUGGAACUUGCUCUCCAAAAGGCCGAGCAGGACAAGCAGACCAAGGACCACCAGAUCCGCAACCUCAACGAUGAGAUCUCGCACCAGGAUGAACUCAUCAACAAGCUCAACAAGGAGAAGAAGCACUUGCAGGAAGUCAACCAGAAGACCUCCGAAGACCUGCAGGCCACUGAGGACAAGGUGAACCACCUCAGCAAAGUCAAAUCCAAGCUGGAGCAGACACUCGACGAACUGGAGGACUCCCUGGAGCGUGAGAAGAAGGCCCGCCAGGACGUUGAGAAGAACAAGAGGAAGAUAGAAGGCGACCUCAAGCUUGCUCAGGAAGCUGUUGCUGAUCUUGAGAAGGCCAAGAAGGAGGCUGAGCAGAACUUGCAGCGUAAGGAGAAGGAGAUCGCAAGCCUCAACGCCAAGCUCGAGGACGAACAGGCUCUCGUUGCCAAGCUCCAGAAGCAGAUCAAGGAACUGCAGUCGAGGAUCGAGGAACUAGAGGAAGAGCUGGAAGCUGAGAGGCAGGCUCGUGCAAAGGCUGAGAAGCAGCGUGCCGAUCUCGCUCGUGAGAUUGAGGAACUAAGCGAACGCCUUGAGGAAUCUGGCGGUGCUACCUCUGCUCAACUCGAACUCAACAAACGCCGCGAGGCUGAACUGGCCAAGCUCAGGCGGGACCUGGAAGAAUCCAACCUCCACCACGAACAAGCCCUGUCCAACCUCCGCAAGAAGCACAAUGACACCGUCGCUGAACUUUCCGACCAGCUCGACCAACUCAAUAAGCACAAAGCCAAGGUUGACAAGGAGCGUGCCACGGCUGUCGCCGAAGUGUCCGACCUCCAAUCCCUCCUGGACCAUGCCAACAAGUCUCAGGCCAACGCCGACAAGCAAUGCAAGCAGCUGGAGGUUCAGCUGGCCGACACCCAGUUCAAGCUGGACGAGGCCAACAGGACACUCAACGACUUCGAUGCCACCAAGAAGAAGCUCGCCGUCGAGAACGGUGAACUUCAGCGACAACUCGAAGAGGCAGAGUCCCAGGUCGCCCAGCUCAACAAGAUCAAGGCGUCCCUUGCCACACAGCUCGAGGAAGCCAAGCGCGUUGCUGAUGAGGAAGCCAGGGAACGUGCCGCACUCCUCGGCAAGUACAGGAACCUGGAACAUGACCUGGACAACUUGCGCGAGAGCGUUGAGGAGGAACAAGAGGCCAAGGCUGACUUCCAGAGGCAGUUGAGCAAGGCUAACGCCGAGGCCACACUAUGGCGCACCAAGUACGAAAGCGAGGGUCUGGCUCGUCUGGAGGAACUCGAGGAGGCCAAGAGGAAGCUGCACGCCAAGCUCCAGGAGGCCGAGGAAGCCGUCGAACAGAUUCAAGCCAAGUGCAACGGUCUCGAGAAGACCAAGGCUCACCUCCAGGGCGAACUCGAGGACGUGUCCAUCGAGGCUGACAAGGCCAACGCUCUGGCUGCCAGCCUUGAGAAGAGGCAGAAGUCCUUCGACAAGGUCAUCGCCGAAUGGAAAUCCAAGGUGGACGAUCUUGCCUUUGAACUGGACGCUUCUCAGAAGGAAUGCCGCAACUAUUCCACCGAAGUAUUCAAACUGCGCGCUGCCUACGAGGAGAGCCAGGAGCACUACGAGGCCGUCAAGCGGGAGAACAAGAACCUCCAGGACGAAGUCAAGGACCUGCUCGACCAACUGGGCGAGGGUGGACGCAGCGUGCACGAGCUUGAGAAAUCUCGCAAGAGGCUCGAGAUCGAGAAGGAAGAACUGCAGUCUGCUCUGGAAGAGGCUGAAGCUGCCCUCGAACAGGAAGAGAACAAGGUCCUCCGCGCACAGCUGGAACUGUCUCAGGUUCGUCAAGAGAUCGAUCGCCGCAUCCAAGAGAAGGAGGAAGAGUUUGAGAACACACGCAAGAACCACCAGCGUGCCCUGGACUCCAUGCAAGCUAGCCUCGAAGCUGAAUCCAAGGGCAAGGCUGAGGCUCUCCGCCUCAAGAAGAAGCUCGAGAGCGACAUCAACGAGCUUGAGAUCGCCCUCGACCACGCCAACAAGGCAAACGCUGAGGCACAGAAGAACCUCAAGAAGUACCAGCAGAACCUCAAGGACCUUCAAUCUGCUCUGGAAGAGGAACAGCGUGCCCGUGAGGAAGCCCGCGAGCAAUAUGCCGCUGCUGAACGCCGCUGCAAUGCCAUGCACGGCGAGCUGGAGGAGAGCCGACAGCUCCUGGAACAGUCCGACCGUGCUCGCCGCGCCGGAGAGGCUGAACUGGCCGACUUGCACGAACAGCUUAACGAACACUCCGCUUCUAACGCUUCCUUGUCUGUUGCCAAGAGGAAGUUGGAGGGAGAACUGCAGGCCCUCCAGGCCGAUCUGGACGAGGUCCUGAACGAGGCCAAGCAAUCCGAAGAGAAGGCCAAGAAGGCAAUGGUGGAUGCUGCCCGCCUGGCCGACGAACUGCGCGCCGAGCAGGACCACGCCCUGCAACAGGAGAGGCUCCGCAAGACACUCGAGCAACAAACCAAGGAGCUCCAGGUACGCCUGGACGAAGCCGAGGCUGCAGCUCUCAAGGGUGGCAAGAAAAUCAUCCAGAAGCUGGAACAGAAGGUUCGGGAACUCGAGAACGAACUGGAGAACGAACAGCGACGCCACGCCGAUGCUGCCAAGAACUUCCGCAAGGGCGAGCGACGCAUCAAGGAACUGCAAUUCCAGAGCGAGGAGGACCGCAAGAACCACGAGCGCAUGCAAGACCUGGUUGACAAGCUGCAGCAGAAGAUCAAGACAUACAAGAGGCAGAUUGAGGAAGCCGAAGAAAUCGCCGCACUCAACCUGGCCAAGUUCCGCAAGGUUCAACAAGAACUGGAAGACGCCGAGGAGCGCGCUGACGUUGCUGAGAACACCCUUGCCAAGCUCCGGGCGAAGAACAGGAGCUCCGUAUCUGCCGGCCGGGCUAUGUCUCCAGGACCUCUCGGCAAGCCCUUGCGCGCCAAGAAGGUUACCGACGAAGAAUAAACGACUCUUUCCAAAUCGAUCGCUUCUACGGCCUCCAGGUACAACCAGAACAUGCCCUCUCGUCAUUUUUCUCCACUGUGAAUACCUUGUUGGCGACAUUCUGCCAUACCCCGAGUGACAGUCCCGACCCUGGUCCUGGCCGAAUGAAGCGAACCCAUCGACCGUGUUUUUUUCUUUCGUCCUGUCCCCGAACGAACCGUCGUCGGCAUGCAAAACGCACGAGGGAGAGCAAGAAGCCUGAGUUCGACUGUUGCUGUGAAAUCUUGUUUCUAUUGGGUUUUCUAUUGAUUUCUUAAAUUCUCGACGUGGAGGGCAUUGUGUAGGGACGUCUGUUUCUUUUCUUGUGGUUGUGUUGUCUCGGGGGUUAUCAAUAAAACGAAAACAGUUUCCA